AUGGCUACAACACAGUCACGUUUUCUGUUCAAUAAUCAAUUAUACGAACAACAUGACGGCCUUUUUAUGGGCUCACCACUGGCUGUUAUCAUGGCUGAUAUUUAUAUGUCACAUUUUGAAGAAGUUAACAUGCCAGAGCUUAUAAUAAAUGGUGUACAUUUAUGGAAAGGGUACGUAGAUGAUACCUUCACUUUUGCUGAAAAUAAUGAUUCUGUUCAAAACAUUUUACAUGUUUUAAAUUCUUAUCAUCCGGGCAUUCAAUUUACUGUUGAAAUGGAACAGAAUAAUACAUUAAGUUUCCUUGAUGUAAAGAUUAUUAGAAUAGGAACAACAACACCCUCAUAUCAAACAACAGUAUAUAUGAAACCUACAUACAGUGGUCUUAUGACUAAAUGGAAUUCAUUUGUUCCAUUUUCCUAUAAAAAAUUAGAAAUAAAUACCAUCAUUAAACGAGCAAUUCACAUAUGCUCAAAUUAUGCUCUUUUGCAUAACGAAUUAGAAUGUAUAAAAAUGACUGCCUAA